AAUCGGGAAUUCCCCGAAAAACUUGAAACCAUGCAUGCGCGCAUUGAUGCGUGGUCCAUCCCAUGAAACAGCGAGGUGGGCCUGACUUGACAUCGCCGGAGUUUUUAAGAGUUAAAUUGAUCACCUCGAGUUUCAGAAGAUAUAAGUCAGUGUGUGCUGCUGGUGAGCCAAGUAUGCCGGGGAAUAAAAGAAAGAGUGUUCGGAGGGACAAAAGGCUCAGAGACACUUGGAACUGCUUCAUUAGUUUUCUUCAUAAUAAAGGAGAAUCUGCUUACUUCAGGGAUCUGGAAGAUUUGCGGACAGUCUACGAUAAAGACUUUUCAGAAGCUUCUGGAUUUGGCGUUAUUGGGCCAUCUUUUAGAUUUGAAAAGCUCAUCAAAGAUCUCAAGCGGUCAAGGAAGAUUAGGAUUGACAAUGGAAAAAUAAUCAAAAACUCUGUUCCCUACCAACCCUUAACAGUUGAUCAAUAUGUAAAAGAACGGGAAAGGAAUCGCAUAGACACAAGGAGGACUACACAUGAUCCAAAUGCACUAUACUGUACCUAUUGUGAUGUGUUUUGUAGUCAAGUCAACUUUAAUUCCCAUUUAAGAGGGGAGAAUCAUCGCUGUCAAGUGAUCUUCAAUUUCAUGAGGAGCAAAAGACAAACUCUGCAUGAAGACAAAAAUGGCAUCAAAGUGACUUCUGAUCAUGACGUUGACAAUGACAUUUUAGUUCCAAAUAUAAGCAAGGAUGAACCUGUAACUAUUAAUAUAACCGUUGAAAAUGAAAGCAAUGAAAAUAGUGUCACAUUGCUACUUGGUGUGUUAUUGAUGGAAGGAACUCCAUUCAGAUUAAAUGCAAGCUUAAGAGAUAUUCUCAUUCCACCAAACCGCAAGAUCAAGUUUUCAGUUGAAUGCGAACCAAGGUUUGUAAACAAUUACAGAAAUGUCCUGGCACUUGCUUUUGCACUUCCAGACAGAACGUUUUUUCAAAUUAUUCGCAACAUCGUUGUGGAGGUGGAGUCUGAUCUGACGGAAGAACUGAAACCAACAUCUCCCUACGUUAAACCACCAAGAGCAACUAGAAGAAAAAAUGAGCAUGUGGAGUACAUAGAUGGAGUUCCUUUACCUUAUGCUUCGUCUGAUGGUUUAGUGAUGGUUCAACCGGAUGCAUGCCCUGUUCCACCAGAAUUAAGAUCUAAUAUGAAUAGAGGAAACACCGGAGAAAUAGAAGAAGAGUUGGGGGAGAGACUGGCAUUUGACAAUUACGCAAAAAGAUUCUCUACAUUGUUACAUAUUGAGGAACUGCAGAUGAAUGUUGAUAUUCUGAAAUACAGCAUGAUUAAUGCGACAAUGACACUAGACAGGGAUAGAAAAUCACUUAGGUUAAAGGUCCCUGGGCUUGCUGAGAAUCGUCCCUCAGUACUGAGAGGGGAUCACUUGUGGGCAUCACCGAAGGACAUUCCAAACAAACGUUACAAGGGCUAUGUCCAUCGUGUGGAAAUGGAAGAACUUGUUUUAGGUUUCCACUCAAGCCUAGUGAAAGGUUUUAUAAAGGAUUCGAAGUUUGAUAUAGACUUCACAUUCAACCGACUGCCUUUGAAGCUUCAACACCGCGCAGUGAAGCAGGCUAUACCUAAAGGACUCACACCCGUCCUUUUCCCAGAUGAAGGAACCGCCGCAAGAGCUACCCCACUGUGCAAUCCUGCAAUAACGCUUUUCGACCGUACACUUGAGAGCAAUGCUGAACAGCGUGCAGCAGUUAGGCACAUCGCCGAAGGAGCGUCAAGGCCAGCCCCAUAUCUUGUGUUUGGCCCGCCAGGUACAGGAAAGACAGUGACCAUUGUAGAAGCCAUCAAACAGGUUUACAAGCAUCAGCGUGACAGUACAAUCUUAGCUUGCGCACCUUCAAACAGUGCUGCAGACCUCAUAGCUUGCAGGCUGUUGAAAAAGGGUCCAAUUGCACGGUCGACCAUUUACCGUAUGAAUGCCAAAUACCGGGGUUGGAACACAGUGGAAGCAGAACUUAAGGAACCUACAAAUAUUUGCAAUUACAAUACUCUGGCUAGUGAACAUCAAUUUCCAGUAAUCGAAGAAAUACAACAAUACAGAGUAGUAGUGACUACACUAGUUACAGCUGGAAGACUUGCAAGUGCUUACUUUCCAAUCAACCACUUUACUCACGUUUUCAUUGAUGAAGCUGGACAUGCCGAGGAGCCAGAAGCUAUCAUAGCUGUCUCCAACCUGCUGAACCCAAACAAUUCCAAAGGAGGUCAGCUUGUGCUUGCCGGUGACCCAAAACAACUGGGACCAGUACUGAGGUCGCCAAUGGCCAUUAAGUUCGGCUUAGCUACAUCGUUCCUGGAGAGGUUAAUGACAGACAACCCAUUGUAUGCACGUAAAGAGGAGGAACCACAUUAUAAUCCAAAGGUGUUGACAAAGCUGCUACAGAAUUAUAGAUCCCAUCCUGAAAUCUUGAAGUUGCCAAAUGAGCUGUUCUACGAUAACGAACUAGAGGCCAAAGCUGACAUACUUAUGAGAGAGACGAUGUGCAGAUGGGAAGAACUACCAAAGAAGAACUUUCCAUUAAUCUUCCAUGGUGUUGAAGGUAAAGAUGAAAGAGAGGGGAACAGUCCAUCAUUUUUCAACACCAAAGAAUGUGAUGCUGUUCUUACAUAUAUUAAAAAGCUGAUGGAGGGAAAGUAUUCGGGAAAGAAGUUGCAGCAGUCAGAUAUUGGCGUCAUCUCACCCUAUCGUAAGCAGGUUCAAAAGAUUCAGCAAGUCCUUAAGAAGCGUAACUUCGAAAAAAUCAAAGUGGGCUCAGUCGAAGAAUUCCAGGGGCAGGAGAGACUAGUCAUUAUAAUAUCAACCGUACGUAGUAAUAAUGAAGACUAUCUGAAAAUGGACAAGGAUUUCAAACUUGGUUUCCUUGACAACCCGAAGAGAUUCAACGUUGCGAUCACUCGUGCAAAGGCAUUAUUAAUUGUUAUCGGAAACCCUGUAGUGCUAAGCAGAGAUGAAAACUGGAAAAGUCUUAUCGACUUCUGCAAUAGAAAAGGAGGCAGCAAAGGAAUAAGGCAUCAAGUUGAUAAUGAUGAUGAGUUAAGGAACUUACUCGCUAAAUUUGAUGCCAUUAAACUUACUGAGCCCGCUCUGGAAAACGAAAACAAUGAAGGUGUGAGCCUCGUCACGCAACACAAUGACCCAGCAUGGCGUGCAGAACUAUAAAGAUCCAACCCAACACCAGAAGUGGAAAUGAUUAAUUAAUUAACGGUUUCUGUGGUUAAUUCAUGUAUAGUGUACAACUGUAGUUCAGACAGUCAAGGAAUAUGUGAAAGUUGAAUAUACAAUGAAUACAAUUUUCUUAUGGUUCUGUAGUAUAACAAACUUAUUUGUCAUUUUGAUAUUUUAUAUUCAACUGUCCUGCAUACUGCAAAACCAUUAUGAAAAUUUCUAUUGUAUAUUCAACUUUCACACAUUUCUUGAUUGUCUGCCAAAAACAUUAGUUACUUUAUAGAGUACAACAACCGUCAAGAAAUAGUGUGAAAGUUGCUUAUACAAUAGAUAGAAAUGUUUUAAUGCUUACACUAGUGAUAUGGCUGUGAGUUAAUACUCAUGGCAUUUUAAUAUUGUACUAAAUUAAAUGUUCAAUUUUAAAAAGUGAAUAAUUAUGGCCUGGUAUAAGGUUUUUAGACAUUAUUCUUUGUAAUGGUAGUAACAGUGUAGAUUUUAUGUAACUUGCAGCAUGGGCUUGCAGAUUCAAUUAUGUCGUAAUGCACUUUUUGUCAAUUAAAUGUUCAAUUUCUAAACUGAAUCAUAGUAUAUGGCCUGGUAUAAGAUUUUUAAACAGUACUCCAUGUAAUAAUAGUAACACUGUAUACUCGAUGUAACUUGUAGAUUCAUUUAUGUCGUCGUGCAUUUUUGUCCCAGAGGGCGCUAUAUUUUAUUAACUAUUAUGGCAACCUUCACUUUGAUAAUGUAAAGGGCCUUCCUUUUGAAUUUCUAUGAUGGAUUGAGUAAAGUUACUGUAAAAUUUUACUGUGUAAAAGUAGAUCGACACAGAAUCCGCAUUCAGUCUUCAUAGAACAUUUUCAAUGCUCGUGUUAGUAUACCUCUAUUCUUAUCACUGAUUCAAUUUUCUUUUUUCCUUAGCCAUACGAACCGAAUUCGUAUUCGGUGUGAACGUACCUUAAUUAAGAAAAAGACAUUCCUACAUUAAUAUUUUUUCAUACGUGACACUGAAGAUACUGUACUUGCAGUUGUAAUCAAUUCAUAUAUAUGGUGUGGGGUUUACUUAGUGGUGUGUGUUUUAUUAUUUUAUUAUUAGCCAACAGUGGGGUAUCUAGGGGUCUUGAAGGUGUGAAGGGGAAAUAUGAGGGAGCUUGAUGAUUAGCUGAGGGGCUGCUACCUUGCAAAAUAUGGGGAUUUGAGGGGAUUUUUAACUACUUGAAUGUGAUUUUUUGCUUCUAACAUUUUCGGAGGGGGGAAACUGGAAUGUAAUUUUUCUGCUUUUAACAUUUUUGAAGGGAGAAACUGGGGGGGUUUGAGUAUUAUUUUUUGGGACUGUGUACUGAUCCCCCCCCUAAGAGCCCACCAUUAUAUCAUUGUUAACCAGGCAAAGUGCACUAGUUUACAAUUGCUGUUAACUAGAUAUGAGUUGGAAUUUUCAAUCAUACCAUUCAUUAUCCAUAUAUUGUAUUUGUAAGUAGAUGUAUCAUUAAUCUAAAAAACAAUAUGCUUGCCAAAAAUCUAAUACUUUUGAAAAGUAUUACCUUCUUGAUAGCCUUGAAAUGAAGAGUUUUAUUACACAGUGUAUGUAUACAAAAUAUCAACUAGGUCUCAAUGUAUUGAAACAAAACAUGAAAAUGAUACAAAGCCAUUCAAACUUAAAUAUUUUUAACAAUUGUUAGAUUUAAUGCUUAUUUGCUGUAAAUAGUACAAGUACCAAAUUUUAUUCAACUAAAGAUAAAGUGUUUUCUCUAUGUUUUCAUCAUUAUUUAGGAUGUGUUGUCUGUGUUCAGUGGGUUAACUUUUAAAAUCAACAUAAACUAAAUUUGAAUAGUGAUCUGGACAUCAUUGAAAGUUUACAACCUAUUGAUUUUUUUAAACAUGCAAUGAAAUCAGUUUUUUUUAAUUAUUUUUUAAAUGUUUUUUUUUCAUAAAUGUUUUCACAGGCAGUACAUCUAAAGGUAUUUAACUAUUUAAAGCUUUUCAAUAACAUGCUAAAUGGGCAUAUGUGUCAUAUUUUAAACAUUUUAAAUACAUGUUAUUUUCUCAUGUUAUAAUAUCUGGUUUGUUUAUUGUAUAGACCAAUUUCAUAUAAAUAAUAACAAAUCUAAUACUUGCAGUCUGUGUGUUUACCUUUUAAAUAUUUAGAAAACUUCACUGCCAGUGAAUUCAUUAUAAUGAAGUUAAUAAUAGUAAUUACCCGUUCUAUAUUUCAAGAAUAAUUUUAUUAUAGAAUUGUCUCUAUUUUUAAAUGGGAUUAAUAAAUUUUGCUCAAACAUUACUGUA